CACGCCCAUCUUCUACUGCGUGUCUGCAGCACUCGAGCGCAAGCAGGCCAAGCGCUGCGGACGAGCCAUGUCAGAGUCUCCUGAGCAGCAUGUGGUUGACUUGGAGGCUGAAUCCGAGUGGAGAUUUGAGCUGGAAGCGGACGAAAACAUUGCAGUUCGAACUUUAUCCCCUGAUUCAGUAUACAUCAAUUCGGAAGAGAUACCUCCAACGACGUGGUAUCCAUUGCAUCGGAACCUCAAAGCAUCCAUCUAUGCUGCUCAACCGACUAAACUACAAGUCUCGACACCUCCCGCAUCCAAUUACUCAUCCAGCUCGACUUCUCAAUCUUCCCUUGUUGCCCUUCAUCUAGCCCUUGAACGGAUACGAAUACUUGCUCGUCGGCAACUAUCCAAUGGUCAUGCAUCAUCCUCCCAUCAAUCCCCAAAUGAUGGACCUAGCCGGGGGCCUGCGAUCAUGAUUCUUGGGCCUCCAUCGUCAGGCAAGACGACGGUAGUCAAGAAUCUAGUCAACAUGGCAUUGGGCACUGGAAUGAGCUGGACACCUGGCGUUAUCUCGUUAGAUCCCUCUAGCCCUGCUAAUCUCAUACCUGGCUCGUUAUCUCUCUCCACACCUUCUCAUCCUAUCCCGACACAUCAUCUAGCCCAUCCUCUCGGCUCCCCGCCUACCUCAGUACCCGCCAACACGCUAGGCGCAGACGUGCCAACCCUCGGAUGGUGGUAUGGUCAUCCAGAGCCAAGUAACAAGGGUGUCGACCUGUGGAAAAAGCUCGUGGCGGGAAUAGGAGAGCGGUGGAAAGAGAGAUGCGCAAAAGAUCCGACGGCCCUCGCAUCGGGUCUCUUCGUGGACACCCCCAGCGCUUUCACAAAUGCCUUGCUUGGCACCAGGAAGGAUAAUCCAAAGGCAAAGUACAGCCUAGUAGCGGAUGCUGUUGAGCAGCUUGAGAUCGAUACGAUCGCAGUCAUCGGUCAUGAGAAGUUGACGAUCGACCUGACUCGCUUGUUUCCAAAUGUCCGCGUCAUAAGGCUGCCAAGAUCAAGCGGGACCGUGGAUUUGGACGAUGCAAAUAGGCAAAUCGUCGCUGCUGCUCAGGUCCGAUCUUACUUUUACGGAGAGCCAUCAUUACCCAAGGAGAUUGAGAACCUCAGCGGGCGAAUGGUAGCAAGAGAAGGCAAUCUGAUCCCAUACAGCUUUCAAAUAGGCUGGGAGACACUGACGAUCCUCCGAGUCGGCGAAGAAAAUGCUGCCCCGAGCACGGCCUUGCCACUGGGUUCCAGUAGGAUCCUGUCGCCAACAAGAUUGACAAGAGUGGAUCCUGCGGGUCCAGCACAGAUCACCAGGCUUUUGAACUGCGUUCUGGCCGUUGUAGCUAUCCGACCUGGAGAUCGGAUCAAGAAGAAGGACAAGGGUCUUGGUACCGCCACAAUGGUCAAAGACGAGCCUGAGGGAGCGGGUCAAGUGAAAGUGGAGAAAGUGGAAGGUCCGAGCGAAGAGACAGCAGAGGGGGCUGUGGAAGCCGAGAUUUCUGAAGCAGCAGACAAGGCGCAGGAUGAAGGGGCUGCGAAGGAACAUACCGAAAUCAAGUCAGAGACAGACGUUCAGGAUCAGGGACAGACGAAAGACAUUUCUGGGGACCCGGGGGCCGCUCUAGCGGAGAAGGAGCAUGAGGGUGAAGGUGACGGGGACGAGGAUGAUGAAGAGGACGAGGACGAGGUGCCUUACCUUGAAGAGAUCGGGUACCGCGAAACGCUCGGGUUCGUCGUCAUCACGGCCAUCGAUACCCUCAGGAAAAAGUACACCGUUUUGUCACCCAGUCCCGGCAAACUGCCGUCGACCGUGGCCAUUGCAGGAUCUAUCGAGUGGGUGGAUUCAGAAUAGAAUCAACGUGAUGCCCAUGGUUCUUGAUGUCGAAUCAACCUGUAUCAGACUUCGUCCGCAUAUCUCAUUUGCAUAAAUGCCAAGUUGAUGUGCACAA